AUUGUUAUUAUUAAUAAGUUGUUAAUAAAACAUUUUAAACAAUUUAAAGGUAAUUUAAAUUAUUUAAGAAUUUUAUAAAUUACAUUUUUACAAGAAUGGCUUUAGUAGCUUAUGACAAUAGUGAUUCCAGCGAGUACGAAGACGAUGAAAAUGAAAUUAAUACACAAACACCCAUAAAAAAGGAAAAUGAUACUCCAGUUAUUCAAAAUGGUAAACAAGAAUCCGAUAAAAAUCACAGUCUUUUUAUUCAACUUCCACAACCAUCAAGUAAAAAAAAGGUUGUCUUAGAAGAAGACGACGAGUUCCUUCAUAAAAAAGAAUUAACGGCUGAUUUAAAACCAAAGUCUCGGAUAACAAUACCGUCAUUAAAUGAUUUCAAAGAUGUGGAUGUCCCUACAUCAAGUUCAAAAACAAGGGCAACUAAUGGGAAAAAAUCUAGCCUCCUUAAUAUGCUACCUCAGCCACGAAAUGCAUUAACAAUAAAGAGACCUUUGGUACCAAAUGUAAUUGCACAGAAGCCAAACAAGAUUUCAACAAAAAAAAAAUCAACUCUGAUUUCACCGACAAAAACAUCAAAUGCUGACACUAAAGGUUUAAUCAAUGAGCAUACAGAUGAAAGCGACAAUGAUGAAGUAGAAAAUGACUUCUUUUCAAUAAACAAACCGGUUGUAGAUUUUACCGUAGAAGAUAUACCUUUAACUGUAGAAGAAACAGUUGAAACUGUCAAGAAACAACCAAGAAACAUUGAGUCCUACUUUAAGAAGGAUCAUGUUGAGUUACAAACAGAAUUAGAAGAGAGUAAUAGUAUAGAGCAAUAUGAUAAUGUACAAAGAAUAGAAACUACUGAAUGUGCUGGUGUGAGUUCUAGCAAUGAAGCUGUACUAGACGAUGAGGCUAUUCUAAAAUUAUGUGGAACUCGUGGUAAACGCAAGAGAGAAGAAAUACAACUAGUAGAUGUGAACCAACAAGAAGUCUUGAAUGAAGCACGUGAGUUGCUAAUGAAAGGUCUCAUGGAAGAUACUAGUAAGCGUCAAUCAGUUAGCAAGAAACAUGGAAAUGAGCCUACACAUCAACAGCGAAGGAAACAUCAAAUCACAUAUUUAGCUCACCAGGCUAAAGCUAAUGAAUCAGAGCUACAGAACCAGUGGGCCAAUAACAGAAUGACAAAGAGACAAACACAAUCAAAAUAUGGAUUUUAGUUAUCUAUUAUUGUAACAUGUUAUGUAUGAAUAUAAUCAAAUACUUUAUAAAAUUAAACAUUUGUUUGAGUAA